AUGGGCAGUAAUUAUCGUGCAAUACAGUGUACAUGGAUACUCUCGUUGAAAAUCAUCAUUUAUAUCCUAUUCAACACCUUCUCAUGUUUCUUUAUAGGAGAGCUUGGGCCUAAAGCGCUUGGGGAUUGGAAAGAUUUGGCUCGCUCUCAGGGCAAUGUGGAUCAUGUAAGUGGGAGAGUGUAAAUGAAAUACAAAUGGUCUAACCAUUAAUUAAUUAAUUAUGUGGGUGAGCGGAAUAAAACAUUCAUGUAUGGAUCACAAAACAUUCUCGGACGUCGUGCGCGUAUAUAAGAUGUAUAUCUUUCUCUUGUUCAGUGGGAUUACCGACAGAGUAAACUCAUCACAGUAAUUCGCGCAGGUAGUGGUGCAAGUUGGUUCUUUACACCGAUGCUAGCGAACACACCAAACACAUCGUAUCUUGACAUAGAAGCGGCAUGUACUAAUAACCCUUUCCGAUUAGAAAUUUAUGGAUCAUCAGACAGGUAUUAUGUACAAAUGAUAUUUUGUUUGUACGGAUAUGUUAUUUGCGCGAAAGGCUGCUAGUGGGAAUCGCUUUGAAAAUUCAUUAAUUUGUUAGCGAUUCCCAGCAGCCUUUCGCGCUCGUAUUCGACUUUUCCGCUUUGCUCGUGGACAACCUUAAUUGAAAUAGCUGUAUACCAAUCAAUCAAAUACCUAUUAAACCAGUGAGAGGUGGCUGGCAGCGGUAGUGGAAGUAAAAACUAAACCUCUCCGCUCUUACAUGAAGUAAAAUCAAUUUAUGUAUGUAUUUUUCUUUCCUUAAUAGUUCCUUCAAGAAUUUAGAGUCUAUACAAAAUGUUACGUUUGAAAAGCGAAGCCUCAAUACCGCUACUAUCGAGAAGUCCUAUCGUUAUUUGUGCAUUCUUGUACGAGCCACAUCACAAACAACGUUCUAUAUUUACUCUAUCAAGAUGUAUCAUUAUUUUUGCGAAAAAACAACAAUGCAUAACAUUAUUUUAAGUCAAGUGGACUCAUCCACAACGAAUAUCAGUGUAAGAGUUCAAUGUGGAGAUAAUGCUGUUGCAAGUGACCGUAAUUCCACGAAUAUAACAGCAAAUUGCACUCCCAAAGGAAAUUGGAUUUUCGGCAAUCAAAAAUGUGUAUGUGUCGAAGGAUUCCAGUCUAGUAACCAAGAAUGUUCACGUAAGUAAAGAAUAAUAGUAGAUAGAAGAUAAAUCAAGGAUGAUAGAUGCAGUAGAAAGACAGAUUACGGUUAUCAUAGAGUAUUUUAAGUAAACAGAAAAACAAUAGCAGGGCCGUCGAGCGGCUGCACGGCGUCUGGGUAAAACUCUGCAAGGAGGGCCCUAUGACGUCAUAAUUGUAAAACUGAAGAUGCGAUGUUUUACAGUAAGGUGCACGUUAACCACAGCAAGGCUUUAUAUUCUAAGCAAUUUUGUAUUAAGAGAGUUUUGGGGGCCAGGGGGAUGCUCUUUGCACCCCUUCUCGGCGGCGCUGAACAAUAAACAUUUCGUAUUAAAAUUGAUAAUAUUUUAAUUAUAUGACUAUAUGUUUACAAUCACCUUCAGGAGAAUACCACGUUUCUAAAGCUAUAGCUGCAUGUGUAUUAUUUUAUAAGCUCGCACUGUGUGAGUUGCAAAGUUUGCUGGCCAAUUAUAGAUACAGAGAAAGAUAGAUAUGAAGAUUACGAUUGGCAUUUUAUAUUACGUUAGAUCAUUAGGAAUUUAUUUUAGAAUUUUACCAUUAAAGAUCAUAUAAAGGAAUUACUGUUUUCUAUAAAACGUAUAGUAUAGUAGGGCAGAAUAAUUUGGCAGCAGAUGAUAAUUUUAUACAGAACCAAUUGAAACUAUUAUUUUCUAACAAUUUCUAAUUGCUUCACUAGCUCAAAUAUAUUGUCGAGUUUCUUGUAUGUUUUCUUGGUGAAUUUGUAGAUUAGUGCGUGCAUGGAAGCACCGUUUUUUGUGACAGAAUGGCACUUUUGGAGUUUAUUGAACUCCUUGAAAAUUGAAAUUUACAGUGCAUGUAAAUUUAACUGACAAAGCUCUCUAUCUGUAAACCCAGAUAAUUUCAUCAGAUAAUUUUUGCACUGAUGACGAUCCGGGCUUACUCAUCGAAAGCUUUGCCAAGUUAUACAGUAAAUCUACGUAUACAUACAAAACCGCUGUACGUUAGCCUAAUAACAUGGUUCCUAGUUACUUGUCAAGAAAAUGUACUCCAACUUCUAUGAUACACGAACACAAUUUGCGAAGCUCUAAUCAUAAACUUUUUGUUCCAUGACCCUCAACUGAGUCCUUAAAGAAAAACUUUACUUAUAGAGGAGAUACCCUAUGGAACGACAUACACCGCGUUGAAAUCACUAGAGCUCAAUCUCUUGCUGAAUUUAAAUCUAAAAUUUCUUAAUUAUUUUAUUAUAGUCUGUAACUUUUGUAAAUAUUUCGAUACUUAUUUAUGAGAAAUUAGUUUACUAGCAUAGGUACACGUCUCCAUUGAAGAGCACAUAUUUUAACUUGUGAAAUGGAUCUCGUGUUUUAAAUAAAGACGCCAAUCAAUCAAACUGUAGACCGUAGUGUUUCCACAAAACAAUUGCAAGCGAAUUAUAAUAUAUUAGUUAUUGUUAAUUCACAACUUUUUUUUUAAAAGGUUGUUUGACUGAUUACUACAAGAAUGUUGUUGGAGAUGAAGCAUGCCACAAAUGUCCUGAUGGUAAAACAAAUAACAUGAUGCACACGAAAUGUAAAUGUAAAAAAGAUCAUUAUAUUGGAGAUAAUGAAAGCGGGCCAUGCUUUGGUAUGUAUGCAAAUCAUUGUAAUUAUGGUGAAAACCGAACAUACAGGUACUCCAUGCAGUUUCUCUCUGCAUGGCGCGAAGAGGAGAAUGGAGCUAUUGUACCUUCCUUAUUUAAGGAAGAUUUACACUGUACUUAAGCUUUUAAUCGCGAGGAGUUCUUUUGAGGAAGAAAGUGAUGGGAAAAUGUCAAAACCAUGCAUCAAUUGUAUCGUAAAUUUCUAAAUACCUUGCAAUUUUUAAUAUAUUGUGAGACUUGAGCUAAAGGCGAAACUUUAGCAGUAUUUUAGCAACAUUUCAGUCUGUCUGUAUGUUUUAAUGUUUUAAUGUUUUAAUGUUUUAAUAAGAUUCGGCAACUACCUAAAAAUACAACAAUGUAGUGCCAGGGAGUUCGUCACAGGUUCCCCCCAAUUACGGCGAUCCCUUAAUAUUUACAUAAAAAAUUACGUUCAAAUAAUUGAUUAACGAAACAGACAAAGUAUAACAACACAAAUACAAAACGGCUAAACUGACAACUAACAACAGUUUAAAACACCAUCAAGGGAUCUAGCCCUUUUACAUUUAACACAGACAGAGUUGUUAUGUUAUGAGUGUGUUAUGUUGCCAAUAAUUUCUAUAAUUCGUUUAUGACCUCGCGCGUCCAUGGUUCGUUACUUGCAACGAUAGAGCUACAGUAUCCGGUAUAAACAAAGUUAGUUCGUUUUCACAGUUGUUUAGUAGAAGUUCCCAUAAUACGAACGAUAUAUGUAACCCACAAUCAUUUAAACGCUCGCUUUUCUCUUUUUCUCUAGUUGUUCCAUCCAAGGUCGUGGAUUUAAAGUUGGAACAGUUGACUAAUACUUCAGUUAACAUAACAUGGAGGAAACCCAAGGAUAAUGAUGGUUUCAACGGAUCCUUAACAUACACCGUGAUGUGGUAUCCUUGCAUUAAUGAGUCAAAAUGUGAUACCAUUGACAUUGGAAAAAAUGCCACGAACUUGGCCAACAUAAUCGUGCCCAAUCUGACACUCUACGAGACAUACAAGUUUAAGGUUUUUUCAAUCGGCAGUAUUUUGCAAAAUGUGUCUGAUGAUAAAUGGAAAUUUGCAGAAAAAAAUUUUACACUUAAAGGUUUGUACCAUGAGAACUUGCUUUCAUUGAAAACCUUUUACGUGUUUAACAUAUCUAGCGUUUCGUAAAAACACAUGUGAAUUAAAGCUUGAGAAAAGAGUUCAAUGCCAGUAAAGGAACUCAGAUUUUCUCUCGUUUUCGUUUUAAAACUGGUUCAUUUCAUUUUUCGACCUGCAUUUGUAAUUUAACUUCACACAUCAUUUUUAAAUUUUAUAAAAUUUAUCAAGAAUGUUAUACAGGGUGUAUAAAAAAAAACUGAACAGAUUUAAAAUUGCUCUCAAUUUCGCAAAACACCUAUUUGUAUCCGGUUUUUUUAUAUAUAUGGCCUCUUUGGGUACUUAUAAUGUAGAAUAAUGAGAAAAAUUUCUCGAAAUCAAAUUUUGUGAACCAGGGGUGUGUGUCUGUUCCAACAAACUAAAAAUGGCUCGCGCACAAAAUUUAAAAGCUGCAAUCAUAUUUUGAGUUAACAGGUAGAAAACUGGUCGGGCUUUUAAUUACUGUACAAAAUUUCAGAUAAUUUGGUUUAGUUUAAGCCCCUUAACUAUUCACGCAAACUUACAUUUUUCCUAAAAAUCAGCUAUUUGCAUGCUUAAUUAAUGCAUUUGCCUAAUUUGCAUAUGUCAGCAAUAUGCAAAUUAGGUAAAGGCAUUAAUUAAGCAUGCGAAAGGCUGACUUUUUAGAACAAAAUCAAUAGUUAAAGGGCUUAAACUAAACCAAAUUGUCUGAAAUUUUGUACAGUAAUUAAAAACCUUAAUUACUGUACAAAAAGACAAAUUUUCCAUCUAUUAACUCAAAAUAUAAUUACAGCUUUUAAAUUUUGUGCGCGAGCCAUUUUUAGUUUGUUGGAAAAGACACACCCCCUGGUUCACAAAAUUUGAGUUCGAGUAAUUUUUUUCAUUAUUCUACAUUAUAAGUACCCAAAAAAGCUAUAUAUAGAAAAAACCGGAUACAAAUAGGUGUUUUGCGAAAUUGAGAGCAAUUUCAAAUCUGUUCAGUUUUUUUUUAUACACCCUGUAGAGAGGGUUCAAUAUUUUAUUAUUUUACAACAUUCUGGCAGUUUUACUGCCCUGUUUUCAGACUAUUGAUUUUGUUCUUUUACAAAAACGGCUACGAACACUUCAAUUAAGAGGGUUUCUUUUUAAUCCAAUGAGCAUUUCUGAAUAACAUGUUUAAAGAUUUGCAUUUCAUUCUAUUCUAUUCUGUUCUGUUCUAUUAUAUUCUAAUGUUUCUAUACUGUAUUAUUCUGUUUUAUUUUAUGGCGCAUUGUACAGUGUUGUGAUAUUGAAAUAUAUACAUGCAUAUACUGUUCUGUCGUCUUUCUAUUACAAUGAAUUUAUUCUCUUAUAUAUAGAUUAUAUUCUUUAUCAUGGUUUUAUUGUGUUCUAUAUUCAGUAACUUUCUAAAUAUAUUUCAGCAUUUUUUAAUUUUAUAUUGAUUAAUUUUUCACUUAUCCAAUAUAUUGUAUUUUAUUUUAUCAUACUAGCUGUAGUUAAUAAAGUUACCACCUUUCCGACAACCACAGACACCAAUACAAUGACACCCGGCACAUCUAAUAAUAAAGGCAAAGAUAAAGAUAAUAUUUUCAUUUAUAUUGGAGCUGGUGUUGCAACAGUAGUGAUUGUGCUGCUGAUUGUCCUUCUCAUCAUUUCAAGGUGGCAAAGGUGAAAUUUCAUUCAUUAUUUUUUUAUCACUUAACCCCACCAAUACCGAAGCCUUGAUGAAAAAUGCUUCAUGCGGUGCAAAUUACGACUACUUAGGCAAAUCUUCCCAUUCAACUUGCAAUGCAAUUUCUGCCAUAGAGCCAUUUUGUCUAAAAAGCAGUCGCAGGAAAAUUGUGAGCAUGGCCCACGGUUCACUUUGCUGACAUUUUUCAUUAAAUUUCUUUCCUUUCUCAUCCCUUAUAAGAGUAUAUUAUGUAAAGAACGUGUUGACAGAGUAGAAUGCGAGCCAUAUUUACAACUUCUCCGUGACUAUUUUUAAAUACUGUAACAUGCCUCAAUGUGACAAAUUGCGUUGCAAGUUGCAGCAAAAAUUGUCCUGUGUGACAUGGCCUUCAACACAUCUCACCGUUGGUUUUGAGAGCUUCUAUAGUCUCCUGAGUAUAUCCUAGGCCAUCCUAAAUGUUAUUGUCUUGGCCCAUUUACUCAAAGCCAGCUGUUCGUGAUGAGAUUAAAAACUUUUGCCGCUUUGAUCUUCAGAGGUAAAUCGAAGAAAAGUGGAAAAGAUAACCUUGGAUUUGAAAGAGGUAAGUGAAAGCAUGUCAACCAUUAAAGUUUCUUCAUUAAAUUUGUUGAGCAAUUCAUCUGAAUCUGCGACAUGGUAUUUGAUCCUAAUAUUUGUACAAUUUGUUUAAUUAAAACGUGUGACAAUGUUUUAUGACUCAAGACUUUGAUCAAAAGUGCAGUAUGUUAAGGCUGGUUUCCAUUAUCAAAAUUUCUGUGAUCAAUGUAGGAAAGUUUUGUUCAAAGUUUUGAAAGAUUUGUAAGAAAUGCAUGUUUGAGGAAACUGACUCAGUGUUAAACACUUUGAUCAAAAUUGUUGGAAAUUCAUCUAAGCGUGUGACGCAGUAUAGCAAAUCCGACUAUGAUGAAGUACUUGUUGGAUAUCAUACAUGCAGUCUCCGAUAUUAGUUCAGUCCAAGGUGAAGCCGAAUGACUGAAAGGACCGGAUACCCAGUUAAGGCUAAUUUCCACUCCGGAAAACAAGAACAAAACAAAAUCCGUGCAUGCGCCAUCAGUAGAAAUUUUUGCGGGUUUCGAUUGAUCCGGCGACGUUGCUGGCCGGAUAACUGAAAAGUUGAAAUGUUGAUGUUGAAAUAAUUUUGGUCCGGUCCCGCGGAUUAAACCUGGCGACCAAUCAAAAUGCCGUAUUAUCGCACAUAAAUUAAAAUAAUAAAUACCUGAGUGUAUAAAAUUUACAAAAUGGAGGAUGCAUGAGACUGGAACGAGCUCCAUUUUUUCCCUUUUCCGAUCCUAUCAUUCCACUUGUCCUUUUACUGGAAAUCGCUUGUUGGAUCGGACUGGAUCGGAAAAACCUUCGAUCCGGUCCGAUCCGCUGCUUAUUUUGCGGAGUGGAAAUUCGGGCCUUAAAGUCUAAAUUGUCGGAAUUGAUAUGACCUCUCAUACGAAUAAGUUUGCUACUUUAAGUGAGACAAGUGAGCUGAAUUAAUUUUGAUCCAUAUAUAUACUUCAUCGGGUAUCCAGGAUUAUCAUGUGAGCAAAACAAAAUUCGUACCCUUUUCUUGACAUCUUACAAGUAAAAAUUUUAACUGUGCAUAUGAUCUAAUUGGAUAUAUAUAAUUAAGAACAGCUUUGUUGUAAAAUAAGUAGUCUGUAAAUAAGCUCAAUUUAUUACAAUAUUAUUUAGAUAUCUCUCUACAUUACGUUGAUCCAAUCACAUAUGCCGAUCCUGAGAGAGCGGUGUCGGAGCUUGCAAACGAACUGGACCGGCAUUCGAUUAAAUUAGAAACCAUUAUUGGUGGAGGUACUAAAUAUUAUGUUGUGAAGUCGCCAACAAUUUAUGAUUAUCAUUAUUUAGGACUGUAGAUGAACUAAUAAUAUAGGACAGUCAUUAAAACAGCUGGACUGUCGAUGCAACAUUGGUAGACAAACACUCAAUACUUCCGUUUGUCUAUUUAACGUUUUCCAGGGCAAUUUGGUGAUGUUUACAAAGGGGAAAUGAAGCUUCCUGAGCAACCAGCAACGAAAGUGGCAAUUAAAAAGCUCAAGGUACUGUCUAUGUUUGUACACAUUCGUUUUCAUAAUUUUGCAUUAGCAAAAAUAUUUUUCAAAUUGGAAAAAGCGGGAUCUACGAUUUUAACCAUAUUUUGAAGAUAAGGCCAGCUGUAAUCUCUUGACAAUUACAUUAAUUGAUACCAAUUGUUACACAUUAUUUACUAGCCAGGGGCAUCUUAUAAGGACCGAACAGAUUUUCUCAUUGAAGCGUCUGUGAUGGGGCAAUUUAAGAAUUUGAAUGUGAUCACUUUGGAAGGUGUUGUGACUAAAAGUAAGUUCAGGAAAAAUUUACUUGUGUGAUUGUACGUUACCAGCUGUGUUUUUUUAAUUCUUCAUUGUAGAGCCAGGGUGCAGCAUGUUAUUAAGUACUUGAGAGGUUGUGAAAAGGUUCGGUGAUAAAAAUAGUCAUGAUGAUGAUGAUGAUGAAUAUUGAUGAUAAUGCUGAUGAUAUAAUGAUGGACGAUGGAUGAUGGACGACGACGACGAUGAGUAAUGAUGAUAUAAUGUUGACGAUGAUGAUGAGUGAUGAUGAUGAAUAAAGAUGAUGAUGAUGAUGAUGAUAAUGGUGCUGUAGAUGGUGAUGAUUAUGAUGAGAAUGUAUGGAUCAGAACGGUUAAAAUGGUAAAGAUUGGUGACUAUGUUGUUUUGUGCUCUAUUUAGGUACGCCUUUUCUCAUUGUGACAGAAUUUAUGGAGAAUGGAUCUUUAGAUAAAUAUUUAAAGGUAAAUUGAAACGAAUACAAUAUAUAUCGAAUACAAUUGAUAUUAUUCCUCGUGCCACAAACCUUGCAAAAAAUUUUGAUCUCUAUUGUUUUUAGGAAAAUGAUGGAAUGUUGAAUCAAUUACAACUGCUAAGAAUGGCCCGGGGAGUUGCCAGUGGUAUGGAGUACCUGGCCGGAAUGAAUUUUGUCCAUAGAGUAAGGAAAUAUUUUAUCUUUUUCCAGGGGGAUAGGAUGCUUGAUAAAUUUAGGGGAGGGGGCAGUUCCAUGAGUCGCCCACAUGGUUGGUGCCGAGUGGGAGAACUACUCCCCUGUCUUUUUCGAUCUUUAUAAUGACACCUACAGUAUUAUUGCAGAUCACUCUUGUCUCGAUGGUGUUUAGGUGGAACUGGCUCGCACAGAAUGCGACAUGAUUUACUCUACCAGGCCCGGCCAGUGCUUUCAGAUAUAAUACCAUUUAGAUCGUUUUAUUUUAUCUUACAUUUUAACCUGGAAUUUUAGGUAAACUGGUAUAUUGAGCCAGUAUAUUAUCGAGUAUACUAGUAUUCUGGAAUUUCUGGUAAACUUCCGGGUCCCCGGCUAGGCCUGUCUUCCAUGACAAUGAUAAUUUGUUUAAAUGUUAUCGUUUUCGCAUUCUAGUUUAUAGUAUUAACGAAAAAACUCUAAUAUUGGUGUUUCUUCAUUUAAGGAUUUGGCCGCCAGGAAUGUUUUAGUUAAUGAGAAUCUUAUUUGUAAAGUCGCUGACUUUGGCUUAUCCAGGGAUCUUGACAAUACUGAAGACUCAGAGUAUGAAUCACAGGUCAGUGGGCUCAUUGCACAGGCCAUCUGAAGAAUGAAAAAAUCGGCAGUCAAAACACUGAGUGACUGGAUGGCAUUGAGAGAAGUGGGAAUUUAAAAAUAGAUGAGAUAUUCUAAGUAUUAUUAUAUUUAAGGUAUAUAACGUACAGUUUAUAUUUCUAGGGAGGCAAAAUUGCUGUGCGGUGGACAGCGCCCGAAGCCAUUACUUAUCUCAAAUUUUCAACAGCCAGUGAUAUCUGGAGUUAUGGUAUUCUACUUUGGGAAAUAAUGUCCUUUGCUGAAAAACCUUAUCGGAAUUGGCGCAACGGAGAAGUCAGUAUGCGAUAUAUUCUUCGUAUAAAGCAGUCUUUUGCACAUUAUAUGACUGGAUUAUUCUUGCGGUGUUUUUUAUAGGUUGUGAUAUUUGUCAACCAAGGAUAUAGACUGCUCCCGCCAAUGGUAAUGGUAUAUACUUACAUCUAUACUCGUUACCUUAAAUAACUCGCACUCGAGAACAUUUCAUUCUAUACUUUCAUGCUGAAUGUUAGUGAUUGUGAAAAGAGGCAUUAUACAACAUAAAUAUUUUUGGUUAUAGACGUGUCCUAAAACAGUGCAUGAGUUAAUGAAAGAAUGUUGGAUGACAGACAGAACGAAACGACCACCAUUUAAAGAAAUUGUGAGAAUCAUUGAUGAAUGGAUAAAAUAUCCCGAAAAGCUUCUUGAAGACUACGUGAAAGUGAGAAGGUACGAUUCAUGUGAAAUGUAAAAACUGUCAAAUACUUUCUAAUUUCUAGAAUUCUCCCUCUUGAAGCUGAUCCCGUAACGGCCAAG